UUAACUUUUGCUCCCUUUGCCAGCUUGCAGGUUCCCGUAAUCUCGUGGCACAAGGUUGACACGGAGUUAGACCCUAACAGUGAUCCGAGGUACUCCCAUCCCAGCGGAGGCACGGCCAAGCAUAAACUUGUUAUAAACAAUGCCCACAUCAGUGACUCUGGCUUGUACUGUUGCAUAGCUACAACAAAGUCCGCUGUCAUCACUUCCUCUCAGACUCAGCUUAUUGUUCAUAAUAAACCAGGUGUGUUUGUACACCAUUAGGAGCCCACAAUAGGGAGUGACAUCUCCCAUACCAGUCACAGCGUUUUCACCACCGGUCUAUUUUUAGAUACAUUUUAGAGCACAUUUUCACAUGAAAAUGGAAGCUCCGCUCCGUGCAUAACGCAUUAUCAAGGAGAACCAAAUAUCACUGAAAAGUCAAAAAUUCCAUUUCAGGGCUUUUGGCUUUGCUCACUGGUUUGAGGGACCUGACAGAUAUUCUCAAUUCGAGCCAAAAUCGUUAAUAGGAUAAAAUGGUCAGUCAAAAUGCCGUGACAAGAGAUUAGUAUCUGCCGUUCUUCAGUCAUUCAUUUUCCUCCAUAUAAGGCAGACUUCUUUAAGAUGAACUGCCUCUUCCCCAGUGGCUCGCGAUCACUUUUUUGGGGGAUAACUUAAGGAAAGCUUGGACGAACGGAGUGAUGGGAAGCGGAGAAAAAGCCCUCUCUCUCAUUUUCCUUCCCAUCACUCCCUGCUCGCGGUCCACGCUCGUUCCCAUCAUCCCCUUUUGGGCUUCUCGCUUGUCUCCAGCUCUCGUGAAUCGCGUGUUUCCCACCGAUCCUUGGAAAAGCCUGUAGAGGUGGCAGAAAGAUAAAUACUAAUAGACAAUUUGCAGUACGUGAACUCCGGGUCUGGAACAAUAGGCAAAUUCCGUGUUCGAUACUUAAACCCCCUCUUUCGAAAGAGGCUAAGGGCAAACCUUUUCUUGUGAUACUGAAUUUCAUUUACCUGAGAAUAAUAAAAAUCAUUUACAUGUCGGUGAUGACUUCGCCCGUAGCCUCGCUUUGAAACAGAGGCUUGGGACGACUCGGAAAGGGCCUAUUCCUGAUUUCUAUAGACAUUUCAUUAUAUAAAUUGCUGAAAACCCUGUUUCACAGCGCCACACUUCCUUACUUGCAUUUACACGUCAUCUCUUUGUAUUUCAGUCAUUCCGUCAAUCCAAUCCGAGUUUCCAUCAGUUAUUCGACCCCUUGUGGGCUCAAAUGUUACAAUAGACUGUCGUGCUUCAACUGGUGACGUCAUGUGGUAUCACAAUGCAGUCAGCGUUUUGUCCUUGUCAAGACCAACGCUAUCUGUUGUUGCUAAUGGGAGCCUCUUGCUGCAGAACGUUUCACGGGUCGAUGAUGGUUUCUAUCAAGCGUUUGUCAGGACGUCAGUGCACGAGAUCGGCUCACAACUUGUUACCCUUCAUGUUAAAGGUCGGUAUGUAGGACUCUCUCCUUAUACAUACUCCUACACACACUGGAGUUUCCCACGUCUUGACUGCCGAAAAGGAAACCGGAAAUGGUGUGUUGUUCAAAGCCUGGCUAUCUCAAAAAAUUCGGCCAUGUGCGUCAACUUUCUCGUUGCCGAAGGUGUCGCGAUCGAAUUGUAAAUAAAAAUUUCAAGUUGAUGAUAACAUGUUAAAUGCGAGUGCCUUGAAUUAUUAAAAAUUUAGAUUAGAUAGAGAUGUAACUUACCAAACGUGUGUUACAGAUCAAAAAUUCCAGCAGCCGACGACUUUGGCUCCUGUGUCAUCAGUUUCUACAGAAAGUUCCAUUACAGACAAAUUUACUCAGAUUUCGAGGUCUCCUCCUGCAUACCAGACCACGAAUGUCAAUCACAUGACACAAAUACCACCAAUAACUAACACAUCUCCAAAAUCCCAGUCAACAACCGGAAGUCACGUGUCAGAACAGCCGUCAUCUACAAGGUUUCUGUACCAAAAGCAAACUACUGCUGGAUCACUUCUACACGAUCGAGCGGCAAGUACACUUCAUGAUGGUAAGAUCUGUCGUCCUUACUUAAAAAAAAAGCUUUUUAAAGGGGCCAAGUUCAUUUUGUGAACAAUGCCAAUUACAGCAGUACUCGUCCUUAUUCAUACCCUUGGUGCCAGAGACUUUUCUAGCGCGGUUUCCGGUUUCUGUCAAGUCUUUAUAGUGACCCGCGCGCGAGAAAAACCUCUGGUACCCAGGGUACCUUAUUCACUGUUGAGACUUAAGAAAUGACUUAUGAAUGAAAAAAUCACAGCUUCGUGUCAAACAUGUCGCCUAGGCAUUAUGUCAAACGUUUCAAACAACAAAAAUGAACUUUGAAAAACUGUUAGCUAGCCUAACAAGUUUUCAAAAAGCACAAUAGCAAUACGUUUCAAUCUUCUUCAAGUUUGUUCAUCCGUGUCCUUAGUUUCUGUGUUUAUUUAUAUGUUAUUUCAAUGUUUGAGUGGUUAUUUAUGUCUCACCCUGUUUGGUGGCAGUUCCCACAGUUU